GUGCAUAGUGUCGUUGGUUCUCAUAAUCCAUUUAGAAAUGUCAUUUGAGAAAGUGAAUUUUUCUUUGGAUUCCACGUCAUAUUUUCUAAAUUAUUUCACAAAUUACAGUUUCAAGUGCUCAAAAGUUAUCAUUCUCCUUAAUUUGCGUUAACUCGUUUCUGCGACCAAUGUCAUUCGAACGGUAGCGUUUGUCGAAACAAUAGUGGACAAAUUGCCCUAGGUCAAAACAAUCUCUGCACUUCGCUAGCCUUUCGUAUGUUUUGAUUAGUGAAGUCGAUUAUGAGAUGCAAUCUAGAGCUAGGCGUCGAUUUGGUCCAGUGGAAGUAAAUGAUUCACUCUCUGGAGUUGCUAUAGGAGACACAAAUAAUAUUACUGAACAGCAAACUGAAGAGUACCAGGAAAAAUCGAAAUAUCGUGAAACUAGCUGGCUACCUUCUAUUCCACAGAAAAUUCUAUCUAGUGUCAUAAGUUCCAGAUCUUUAGAGAAGGAUUAUUCUGGUCAGACUACGCAGACCAUCCCAAUUGUUGGUGGAAGAGGAACUUUUCUUUUUGAAGACGAAGAUAAAGAAAACGAACCAGAAUUCAUCAUGACGGCUAGGGAUCGAUCGACAGAGUUUGCGAAUGCGAUACGAUCGCUUCAAGGCAGAAACAUACAACGGGCAGUCAAUGUACGGGACCCCCGAAAAGCUAAACAACUGCAAAGUUAUUCGGAGUUUAUGAUGAUUGCUAAGCACAUUGGGAAGAACAUUGCUAGCACUUAUACAAAACUGGAGAAAUUAACGUUGUUGGCAAAGCGAAAAACCUUGUUUGAUGACCGACCAGCGGAAAUACAAGAGCUAACCUACAUUAUCAAAGGCGAUCUAAAUUCAUUAAAUCAACAAAUCGCUCGUCUACAGGAUGUUUCCAAGUCACAACGGAAAUCCACAACUGGAAAGCAUCUCCUAUCACAUUCCUCCAAUAUGGUAGUUGCCUUGCAAGCCAAGCUGGCCAAUAUGAGCUCAGAUUUUAAACAGGUUCUAGAGGUGCGCACGGAAAAUCUCAAACAGCAGAAAACUCGUCGCGAUCAGUUCAGUCAAGGGCCCAUUUCCAGUAGUUUGCCGCCGUCGACAAUGCGUGGUUCUACGCAAGGUAGUCUUCUCUUGCAAGAACAGCAAGAUCAGAUCAGCAUUGACAUGAACACGUCCGAAGGGUCAGAGCGAGUUCCACUUCUUCAGCAUCAACAACAGAAACAGUUAGUACUGUAUGAUGAAUCCGAUAGCUAUGUUCAAGAAAGAGCCGAAACAAUGCAAAACAUUGAAAGCACGAUUGUUGAACUCGGUGGUAUAUUCCAACAACUUGCUCAUAUGGUUAAGGAACAAGAGGAAAUGGUUGAACGCAUCGACACAAAUCUACAGGAUGUGGAGUUGAACGUAGAAGCGGCACAUGGUGAAAUUUUGAAAUACUUCCAAUCGGUGACUAAGAACCGCUGGUUAAUGAUCAAGAUCUUCGGCAUAUUAAUAUUGUUCUUUAUAUUUUUCGUUAUCUUUUUGGCAUAAGCUGGCAACUUGUGACCAAAACGUAUCUAAUUUUGUGUACACUACGAUCAGCGGAAGUGUUACUUGGUUGUUAAGUUGAUGUAAAUAUCCAAACCAAUUUAUCAAAGAAGCUUAUAAAUAAAUGAUUAUUUUAUCCAGUUUUU